AUGACGAAUAAAUUUAGUGCAAAAUUUUUAGAGAUUUUUAAAAACCUCAAGUCUGAUGCUGUACCACGCCCGCCACGACAAAGGGAAUCAUUCUCGAGUCCGGAAACACCACCAGCAGAAUCUUUUAACGAAAAUGUAACUAACUCGCAUAACCAAGAAGAUCAGUUUGGUGAACAAAAUGAUUCGAAAAAGAAAAACAAAAAACCAAAAUUUAAAAAAUCUUUUUCUGCGCCCCCGAUGGAUACUCCUGAGGAUGAGGAAGAUAAACAAAGAAGUAAUGGUAGCAACGUUAAUACUCAAGCUAGUGGGAAUGUUAUCAACAUUGUAAACUCCAAAAAUGUGCGUUGUGGAAAUGAAAUUGUAUAUUAUAUGGGGCCAGUUUAUGGUCAACCUAGCCGAUCGAAAACACCACCAAGUGAUGAUGAUAAUGACGAACCUAUUGUAAAAACCAACCUUAUUGUUCUACUACUAGAAGCAAACCAAAAGGUUGAACAUGAAUACAUGGAUUACAUAUCAAAAAAUCUUGGAAAGAAUUGGCACAAUUUUUUUAGACGAUUGGGUUAUACACAAGGACAAAUAGAAACAGCUGAAAUAGAUAUGGCUAAAUAUGGAAUAGCUGAAGCACGGUACAAAUUACUUUUGGACUGGGUAAGGAAUGAUGAUGAUGGUACACUAGGCAAGCUGGCAAGAAUUUUAUGGGAUGAUGGAGAAAGACAAAUGGUCAAAGAAUUAGCAGCCUUGUACAGUGAUAAUAAA